UGAAGAGUGACAGAAGAAAGAAUUUCCAGAGGGCGGACGGUCAGUCGAACCACGAGGGGCAGUGACGCGCAAGUUGUUUUCAUACAGUGAUCUUCAGUUCUUUACUACAGGUGUAACUCACUGACAUCUCGCGAUAGACGAACAAGGAUUCUUCUCAGGUGAGGAGAACAACAAUGAGACUGCCACGGCCUUGCCGAGUUCUUCAGUUGGUGCUGUUGCUACUUUUGUGCCUAACGGCAACCAACAUCUGCCAUGCGAGGCCCCAACAACAAUCCAUAUCAGCAGAUACUAAUUCCGACAUAAGUCGGUUUCCAAUCACCCCAGAUGGGAAACAGUCGACGAAUGAAGAUAAGUUCUUCGCUCCUGGGGGCUGGCGACCUGUAGCAUCGGAGGGAUCGUCUACAAUCGGACAUCAGAUCCACAUUGACCAAGAUCGGAGCAGAGUCAGGCUUGAGAAAGGGGAUGAUGGAAAACAGAGAGGAGGGAAGAGUGAAAGCACAGCAGAUACCAAGCAAGUGACAACCCCUUACAACAAUGCCACUCUUUUAGAAACGUCUGUCAACAAUACGGGGCGUGCCAAGCAGUCUUCUCCUGUGGGAGAUUCUAUAAAGUCUUUAGCAAAUCAACUGCUAGGAUCACACUAUUUCGAAAGAGACAGUGACGAAAGUGAAAGAUACAGUGACGAAGACAGCAGAGAUACAAUGGUGGACGAGGACGUAAGAACGCCACCUAAACUAAAGUCACAAAUAAAAUAUAAGCAGAAUAAUCAACAUGCAAAAUUAUCGCCGAAAACAACAGAAGUUCCUGUAUACGAACAUCGCAACGAUGGUACCGAAGAGGAGAUGAAUCACAAAGGAAUUGCUGUUCCCGUCAUAAUUGAAGAUGAAGACGACGUAGAAGAAACUAUUGAUAAACUUACACAAGCUCAGCCGAUUAUCACACGACAGACUACAACAUCAGCUUCUCAAAAAAGGAAACCUACAUCGACGAUGACCACAUCGAAACCACAUCAUGAGACUACGUCAUCUGAAGGUGUGUCAACCUGGGUCCUUCUUAGUGGCAGCAGUCCCCCAACGACGCCUUCACAUCUUCAAAACAAAGGGAAGACUAACAAAACACCAACCCCAGGGAACCGCAAAGCUACACAAACCACACCAACAGCAGCACCCUUGAAAACGGCUGAUUCAUCAGAGGUGACUCAAGUCUCGAAUCAAGUUUCUAGCAGUGGCUUUGGACAGUCAACUAUAGAGCCGUAUUAUUAUGGCCCUCGCCCCCUUGUGAACACUGAGGGUCCUACAAUAUCUACAAGAAAACCUGCUGGAAUAGUAAGCCUAUCGUCACAGCCACACACUCCAGUAGGAAAACCUCAUUUGUAUGAAAAUGAAACACUCGAAAUGUUUAAACUUACGAAAACACGGAAACCAAACCCAACACGUACAACGACAGUAAAAUCAAAAGUUGUAUCUACCACACCCAUCACAACAACUCCCAUCCCAAGUUCCCCUCCGAAACGAUACCCUGUUAACCAACAAAACAACAACCAGAAAACACAGCCGAGAGUGACAACAGUAAGUCCAAUUUUAAUGACAACAAAUGGUUAUAAAGACACUGAUGAACCUGUCAGACAUAUAGCCGCAGUCACUACUGCUGAAAAUGAAACCAUCUCUUCUGAAGAAAACGACAUGGAAGACAGCAACACGGAAGCAACUGUAGAAACCACGACGAAGCGCCGCAGACGUCCAACUGGAGGGAACAAAAAGAGAAAGAAGAUUAAGAAUCGACGUAGACGACCCACUAACCGACCAGAAGUAACCGAAGACCCUGAGAGCAAAACUGGUGAUCUGAACGCUACUUCAACUAACAACAAACUGGCUACAAAGGAACGCCCUCUAUCGACUAGAAUAUACAACUAUCUUGCAAGAGAGGUGAUGUCUUCGGUUGGAGUAGGGCUGAUUGGGCUUGUGGUUACAGCUGGUCUUGCUGGACUAAUCAUGUAUCCUUUCGGUGGAGGACUUGCCACAAGAAGAACUUACGAAGAAGUGUCUCCUCAUCACACGAAUCCCAAUGCAUACUAUCAUCAUGGUGAAUAUGAAAGCGAAAUCGACAACAGUCAAUCAGAAGAGGAAGUAUUUGGAAAACUGAUAGAGGGUAUGAAUGAUAAAGGUGAAUUCACGUAUGGUGGGAUAGGUCAGGACACAACAGGCUAUGCUGGGGUACCAGGGAUUGGUGGCGAUCAGAUGAAUGGGCAAGGAUCCAAAUACAAGACAGAAGACGUUGGCAUAGAGGGCAUGCACACAUACAGUCCGGCAGGAGAGGCAAUGCACGAGAUUCGACAAGGUGUAAGGUACGGAGCAAGGAUUGAGGGUGUUAACAGUCAACAGACAGGGGUGCGGUACGAUUCUGCACAGCAGGGGACUGCAAGUUACACUGGUGCAGGCGAGAACAUAGCGGGGCAGACGUUCUCACGUGGCAGCCAGCAAAAUUAUGGAAGCAAUUUCGGCACCGGUAACACGCAAGAUAGGUUUCAAUAUGGAGGAAUGGCGACAAGGAGCGGAGAAAUAGGAGAUUCAGUAAGAGAUUCACAACUCGUGUACAGUGGAACUGUAAAUGCAGCUAAAAAGCAAUACACAGCGGGAAGCGUGAAUAGCAAUACACACCAUCAUUUGGGCACAGAGACCACUGCAUACGGAGGACCGUACUAUACGCCAAGUUACGUGGAGUCACAGCCAUAUACGCGAAAUCUUUAUGGGGGUUUGACAGCCGUAGGAGGGCAGAUACACGGAAAUGUGCAAGUGGACAGUAAAUCCGGGCGGUAUCAUUCAGGGAGCACAGAACGAUCUUUAGAAAACAAACAUAAAACUGAAAGCAACUCUGCCGAAAAUUUGCAGUACAGAAGAGGUAUUUCCGACAGCAGUAAAGAGUACAGAGAUAUUAUAGGCACACAGCCACGAUCAGGGGGUACCGUUAUUGCUGUUUCUAUUGGAAGACAAUCGGGGUUACAAGGAAAGGAAAAAGAAACAGAGACUAAGCAGUCGGAAGGGCAUAAACUAAUUGAAAAUAUUUCAAGAGCUGAAGUGAGCUCGGGUCAACGAACAUACGAACCACACAGAAAGCAAAUGGUCGAGGACAGAAGUGCUGGAAUUCACGAGAGAGACAUGGAGUACGGCGAUAAGCUUGAUAUCUCAAGCAGAGUAUCUCCUGAGCUUCAGAAGAGAGGUUCGAUCAUUUCAGGUUUUGUUGAACACGGACCUAGAAGUUUAAGACGUAGGCGAGAUGUCCAUAUGCCUACAAACCUUAAAGUUUCCGAUGAUGAUAUAAGAGACAAUGAAAUUGACAGUAAUAAUUUGAAAGGAAACGCGAGACAGAAUCAGACUAAAAACCAUCCUGGCCAUGAGAAAAAUUCAGUGUCUUCAUACUUUGUACCAAAGAAUAUGGUGACAUUAAGUGGCCAUACGAAAAUUAGUGGAGGAACUGCAAAACAAGACGUAGGAAGCAAAAUAACAGAAACAGAGACGUCAACAAUAAAUGGAGGAGAGACAACUGAUUCGAUUGAAGGAACGAGAAACGUCGUUCAGGGUACGGCAUCACCGAUUGAAAGUACAACUCUCGAAGACAUAUUAUCUACCACGACAGGAUUUAACAGUGACGAUACUGAUGGUGAAGAUUCUGGUAUAGAGGAAGACGAAGAUGCAGAAUACGGAACAACUCCAGAAAUUACGACAGUUUUUGACGAGACCUCAACAAAAGAUUCGCAAAUCGACACAACUAAAAUUCCAGAAACAAAGUUUUCGCUUCUGGGUCUCUUUCGGCGUAUAGCACGUUUUAAACUACAAAUGGGGCUAAACUUAUUGAAAAGCACAUCCCAAGCAUUGACGAACUACAUAGAGGGAGUUCAGAGACGAAUGGAUUAUAAUAGUUCUAAGGUCAAUUCGCGCAAGAAGUUUCAGGAUAGGAACUUGAAAAGAUAGGUCACUGAUAAAAACGAACACAAAUGAGUAAAAUAUAAGGAGAAAGCAGCAAACUAGUAUGAUUAAGGUGACUUACAGGGCAGUUUAAUUUAAUUACAAAUUUUUGAAUUAUUUUAAACUAUUGAGGAAUUAAAAGUGAUAUAUGGGUUUAGAAAUGAAGUGUAACACACGUGGACCGAUUGGAUAUAAUUUUGUUGUUUCGAAAAAAUUAGUUAAAUCUACGAGAAAUUAUCCAAUGGCAGAUGUAUUUAUUACAGAAAUAUUGUUGCCUCAUGCGGAAUUAUUUUCAACAUACAAAGUGCUAAUUUCCAGUACGACGGUAUCUUCAGAAAUUACAUUUUUAGCAGUUUAAAUCCACAUUAAAGAUUCAGCUUAUCAUCUGAUUCCUACACAAUAUGUACUUGAAUUUAUCGACAAAUCAAUUCAUUUGAAAAUUACACGUUAAGUUAUUCACACACGAUUCCUCGGGAUCAAUGAAGGAGAGUUAUGUAUUUCAAGUAAUUGGAUUUUGCUAUACACUUCUCUUCUAACACACUUGCGGAAAAUGUUUCUGUAAACAAAAUAUGAGGACCACAAUAGCCUUUUAAACUUUAAUUAACUUUCACCUCUUCUCCCAAGAUCGUUCACUGUACUACGCAACGGAAGUUCAGCAUUUUAUCUUUUAUUAAAAUACUUUAAAAAACGAAAGGCUGUGUCGAUGAGUUCAUCCUACUAAAUAUAGAGCGUUUGAAUUAUUAUGACAUGUUUAAUGGUGUCUAUACUUUCAUACGUGGAUGUAAUUAGAAAACGUUGAUCCUGUGAAGUCAACUUUUAUAUUAAUCUCUCCAAUGAAUAUAUUAACCAAGACCCAGUUCCGUAAUAAAUUACCUAAGACGUAAUAGAUGUAUCAAUUAGAUCCGAACAUUAUAGAAAUAUGAGACUUCUGAUUUUGUCACGGCGGUGAAGAUGUCAAUGUUGACCAUCUGAGUGCCAACGCCGUGUGGACUUGUAGGUAGAUAUAUCCCGCAAGUCCAAACCGCGUUACCACCCACAAAACCAACACCAACAUCGAAGAAAUAUUCGUGUGGCAAUGUUCUGUUUCUUGGAGCCAAGUACCAUAGAGUAUUGAAUUUCGUACGGUUGGCUUGAUAUGUAGUCAGGACGGCAUCCUCACAAAUAACGAAAACAUGUAAACAGUAAGAUGUAGAAAUACUGUAGGUAAUUUAAGCUAAUUUUUACGAUUAUACAUUUGCAUGUCAUUAAAUACGAGGGAAUCUUUCUGAUUACAGAUCUUAUAUUUAACGUCACAUGGAAUGGCUUAUGUAGACAGAGAACGUAAAGAUGUUUAUUGUUCUAAGAUCAUAAAGUGACCAUCGUUCUUGAAGGAACAAAAGUGGCUUGACGUAAUGUAAAUGAAAAGAAAGAAAGCGCCUGUUUAUUUUAUUGACAUUGUUUUUGUAUCUGGCAUGUUGAUUAUUAACAUGGAAUUGUAUUAUUCCUCAGUGACGAGAAAGACGGUUUUGUAUGUUAUUAAAUGCACUGAAUUUUCAAAUGUUUGUGUA